GGCCUACGUGGCAGCCGCUGAAGCCGCCCACGAGCAGUGAGGCCGGCCGCCGGGCACUUCCUGUGGAGGCCGCAACGGGCGCGGGCGCCGACGGGCCGAACGCCGAGCGAGCGAGCGAGCGAGCGAGCCGAGCCUCCCGCCGCCGCCAUGGGCCAGAACGACCUGAUGGGCACGGCCGAGGACUUCGCCGACCAGUUCCUCCGGGUCACCAAGCAGUACCUGCCGCACGUGGCGCGCCUCUGCCUGAUCAGCACCUUCCUGGAGGACGGCGUGCGCAUGUGGUUCCAGUGGGGCGAGCAGCGGGACUACAUCGACAGCACCUGGGGCUGCGGCUACCUGGUGGCCUCCUCCUUCGUGCUCCUCAACCUCCUCGGACAGCUGACCGGCUGCAUCCUGGUGCUGAGCAGGAACUUCGUGCAGUACGCCUGCUUUGGGCUUUUUGGGAUCAUAGCACUGCAGACGAUCGCCUACAGCAUCCUGUGGGACUUGAAGUUUUUGAUGAGGAACCUAGCCCUGGGAGGAGGCUUGUUGCUGCUCCUAGCGGAGUCCCGUUCUGAGGGGAAGAGCAUGUUCGCGGGCGUCCCCACGAUGCGCGAGAGCUCCCCCAAACAGUACAUGCAGCUCGGAGGCAGGGUCCUGCUGGUCCUGAUGUUCAUGACCCUCCUUCACUUCGACGCCAGCUUCUUCUCCAUUCUCCAGAACAUCGUGGGCACAGCUCUGAUGAUUCUAGUGGCUGUUGGCUUCAAAACCAAGCUGGCCGCCUUGACUCUGGUCGUCUGGCUGUUCGUCAUCAACGUGUAUUUCAACGCCUUCUGGACCAUUCCCGUCUACAAGCCCAUGCAUGACUUCCUCAAGUACGACUUCUUCCAGACCAUGUCGGUGAUUGGAGGCUUGCUCCUGGUGGUGGCUCUGGGCCCCGGGGGUGUCUCCAUGGACGAGAAGAAGAAAGAGUGGUAACAGACCCCUUCCGUGCCUGGCGAAGACCCGUGGCCGUCGAGGACUGGUUCGGGGUGGAUUCGACAAAGCUGCCGGCAUUACGUGUCCUCUUCCCUCCCCUGCCUUGGCAAAGGCACAGAUGUGUGAGAACUUCCUCUGAGAUUUGAUGGCUGACCCUGCUCUGCUCCUGCCGCCCACCGUCUGCCGUGGAGCCGGAUGCUUGGCUCCUCCCACGGCCCUGAGCGGCUAGGUUGGCUGCGGCCUCUGUCCUGUUUUUUCCCUUUUUUGGGUGGUGGGGGCCUUCAAGCUGUACUGUGAGCAGAUACAACUGUGUCUCAUUCAAAGCAGUCUCCCUCUUAAUUUUUUUAAAGUUUACGUUUUUAGCUAAAACUACUAAAUGAUUUCGGAUGGCCCAGCCAAACAUCAAAGUCCCCGUCAAACUCCUGGUUCCAAGUCACAGAGCGGCUUUCCUGCUGUCUGUCUUACACUGCGACGCUGUGUAAGGACAGUGGGAAGACCGAGAGUCCCAAACCCCGAAGAACGAGGCGGCAUUCGAGGGCCACUGUCCAUGGUGAACGUCAGUGAUUAGUCAGAAAAUCGGCCCAGACCGGUGCAGCUUGUAUGGGUCAUCCCCUGGGAGCUUCCGUGGCUCAAGGUGGGGGUGGAGAUAGUAUUCCCGCGGGAAGCCACCGGGAGCCCACGGGACCCACACGCCCACCAUCUGCAUGUUGGCCCCAGCCGCUCCCGUGUGAGCUGGGGAGGAGCAGACCAGUUACCUCACACCCGACUUGUAGCCUCGCCUGAAACGGCAGAGCUGGCCCUGGCCGACGCCUGGGUUUCCUUUGGCUCGAGGGUCCUCCCAGGCUGUGCACCACGACUUCCGUUUCCCAGGCUGUGGCUUGCUCGGGUCGUCUAGUUGCUAUGCUGAACACAGCCCAAAUUACUUUUUACGAUGUGUGAUGCCUUACCGAUUGGGUCUGACUCCUGUAUUUAAAGUUUUCUAACAUUGCCUUACACUGUGUAUCUCUUCUUGGGGUGUGAGCGCUUGCUGCUCUCUGCAUCGUAGCGAAGGCCACUGGGGAGCUGGAGCAUCUCUGCCUCCUGCUCCUCCCCCCAGAUCCUGAAGGGACAGACCAACCUGGCCAGGCUGACCAGACUCGGGACGAGGGCCGAGGCUUGUCAAGAGCCUGGCCUCGGCCUCCACUGGUCAUCAGCUGAAUGUGCGAACCUGAGGUCCGUCCCCAGGGCUGCCAGGGGCCAGUCCUGAGCCAGGCUCCAUGUUUACCUUCCAGACCAGAGCCAGGGCAAGGUAGAGCCUCCCCUGCCCUGCAGCCUGGACCCACCUACCCAAGGGAGCGGUGGCGCACCAUCCCACCACCCACCCGUGUCCCAGCCACACGGGCGGCUCGUGUGAGCAUCACUGAGACGAAGCCAUGGCUGAAGGACGGUGUUUCUACUCCCAUCACUCAGACGCUCACUACAUGGACAGUCUCUUCACUUUCUGACUCAGCCUCUGCCGGGUGGGCUCUUGGCCCACCCUCUCCCCUGGUAACAUAUCCGACAGUCCCAUCAAGUGGCACCUCAGCCAGGCGGCAUCACCCUGCAGCACCCUAUCGCACGUAUGCGUCCUCGCUGGUCUGUGCUUAGAGACCUUAGUGUGGUCAUCCCUGGUCACUGCCGAUGCCCGAGGAGGUGCUCCCGCCUCCCUGGCCCCGAGCAGGCUAGUUCCUGGGCCCAGGGCAGACCUAUGCCCUUGCAGGAGCGGAAAAUGAUCUACCAAUUGGUUUUGGCAAAACAAUUUCUGAAAAUUUUUUUGCUUUAUGUGGGAAAUAGGUAUCAAUCUCAUUUUAUGCUGUAUUUUAUAUCUUAGUUGUGUUUGAAAACGUUUUGAUUUUUGGAAACAUCAAAAUAAAUAAUGGCAUUUGUUGUAUGCAGUGUGACCCUUGGGUGCUGUCCUGGUGGGUGGGGCCUAGCCAGGGCUCUCCAGGUGCUGCAGUGAGGACCA